AUGUCUCCCACAAAUCGAGUACCGUCCAUGCGCAUGAACCCUUCUGGUGCGCGCGAUAUUCCCACAUUCAUAGACGAACUUGCUAAAGAUGAGGCGAAAAAUCAACCUAGGGGCGACUCGGAGAGUACCUUUUCCGGCGCUUCGACACUUCAAGGCAACGAGCAAUCUUCGAAACUGAAACGCGGGCUUUUCAGCAUCCUCAACUCCAGUAAGUCACUCAACUCCGGCACCAUGCCGUCUCUCGCGGACAAAGUCCAAACCGCCCAAGUCACGCUUGGGUACACCUUCGAUAACCCGAAUAUUGGAAUGGGGGCGUUAGUCACUCCCGGGGUUGCCCUGCCCGGGCUGCCAACCCGCAUGGAUGGCCACAAGGAGCUUGCCCAUGUUGGAGAUGCCGUUCUCAAGUUGGCACUUACUUUGGAUGGAUACGAAGCCAAAAGAAGCAGAGAAUUUACAAGUAAGAUUCUGCAAACCAAAGCCAGCAACGUCAACCUUGCACUGGUUGGGCGUAGAAUGGGUCUCGACAAACUGGUCAUUGUCAAUCCAUCCCAGGCAGGCAUUGUAUCCGACAAAGUGAUGGCCAACACCGUCGAGGCUCUCAUCGGAGCUGUCUAUAUGGAUAGUAACUCGAUUGACGCUGUGCGGCCUGUCUUGGCUGCUAUGGGCCUUGACGGGCCCGCUUGA